UAGGAUGAUGAUAAGAAGAAGGAAUUGAGGUACUGGUGGAAGGAGUGUGAGAUGUAGAAGGAGAAUUAGGAUGGAAAGCCUCAAUUCCUUCUUCUUCUCAUCAUCCUAGCCCAACUAUUGACUGGCCUGAUCUGCAUUCUGAAGCCUCAAUUCCUUCUUCUUAUCAUCAUCCUAGCGCAACUAUUGACUGGCCUGAUCUGCAUUUUGAUGGGGAGGAGGAACUGUGUGCUCAGGAACCUAUUGAUGAUGGAGAGGAUCCUGGAUUAAGGAAAUCUACCAGAAUCAAAACCAAACCUGUAUGGCACAAGGAUUUCAUGUUUUCAGGAGCUACCAGUAGUCACUCCAUAUAAAACUUUGUGUCAUUUGAUAAGCUUCGUGAAUCCCAUAAGGCCUUUGUGCUAAUUGUAAUGAAUGCAGAAGAACCUAAGACCUAUGCAGAAGCUUGUAAGGAAUUGGUCUGGAGACUUUCUAUGAAUGAAGAGACGGAUGCACUGAUAGCAAAUGACACUUGGGAUGAAGUGAUCUUAGCAGAAAGGAAGAAGGCCAUUGACAACAAAUGGGUGUAUAAGAUUAAACACAAAGCUGAUGGUUCCAUAGAAAGACAUAAGUCAAGGCUGGUUGUGAAGGGCUUUACACAGGUUUAUGGUAUAGACUUCUUAGAUACCUUUUCUUCCGUUGCAAAGAUCAACUCAGUCAAGACUUUGUUAGCUGUUGCAGCAUCACAAGAUUGGCACAUCCAUCAAAUGGAUGUUUUUAAUGCAUUCCUCCAUGAUGAUUUGAAUGAGGAGGUUUACAUGAAACCACCACCUGGAGUAGUUGUUUGUGAACCAAGGAUAGUGUUUAAACUCAAGAAGUCCCUAUAUGGUUUGAAGCAGGCCAGUAGGCAAUGGUUUGCCAAAUUAACUGCAUCACUGUUGAAGAAUGGAUUCUCUCAGGCUGCCUCUGACUAUUCCAUGUUCAUCAGGAGGUUCCAGGGGGAGUGCUUGUGGUGCUAGUCUAUGUAGAUGACAUCUUAAUAGCUGGGAGUUCAUUGAGUGACAUAGAGCAGACAAAGGCUGUCUGGGAAAAGAAUUUAAAGUCAAAGAUCUAGGAGUCUUGAAGUUCUUCCUAGGGCUGGAAGUUUACAGAGAUCACAAGGGAAUCUUUGUAAACCGUAGGAAGUAUUAUAUGGAUCUUUUGGAAGAUACAGGUGACAUGGAAGCUAAGGAUUGUCUCUCUCCUGCAGAUUGUAAAGUUCAACUGAAAGCAAAGCAAUGAGAACCUUUGACAAAUCCUGAAGUUUACAAGAGGCUUGUUGGGAGGCUGCAUUACCUGACAAUUACACGCCCUAAUCUUACACACUCAGUGCAGCAAUUGUGUCAAUUUCAUAAAGAUUCCUACACUGAACACUUACAGGAUGCAUAUAGGGUAAUAAGGUACAUAAAGCAUGCACUAGGUCAAGGCCUAUUGUUCAAGAGUGGAACUAAACUAGAGUUGACAGGUUUCUCAGAUUCAGAUUGGGCCAGUUGCCCAGAUACCAGGAGAUCAGUGACAAGGUACUGUACCCUGCUGGGAGGCAGUUUGCUGACGUGAAAGUCCAAGAAACAAACCACAGUCUUGAGGUCCUCGUCCGAAGCAGAAUAUAGAGCCUUAGCUCAUUUGGUCUGUGAGUUGGAAUGGUUGAGAAGCUUGUUAGCUGAAAUGGGAAUCAAAGUUGCCCUACCAAUUGAUGUUUACUGUGAUAACCGAUCAGCUAUUCAUAUAGCAGAGAAUCCGGUGGUUCACGAAAGAACAAAACACAUUGAAAUUGACUGCCACGUUACAAGGGAAAGACUCAGUUCUGGAAUGAUCAAAUUACAGCAUGUGAGGACAGAUGAUCAAUUGGCAGAUCUUUUUACUAAAGGUUUGACUGGCUACAAGUUGAGCUAUCUGUUGGAUAAGUUGGGAGUCUCUGAUAUGUACUCGCCAACUUAUGGGGGAGUAACAGAGAAGAAUGCUCGAAUGGAGCUUGAAGAAGAAGUGGUGCAGAAGUGCAGCAACGCUGACUGAAGAGCAGUAGCUGAAGAACAGAAGAAGAAUAGGGCAGACACGUUUCGUUUCUGCCUUUCCCUCCACCUAGCGAGAAAAUCUUGUAUAGUCCCGGCCUACCACGUCACUUUGACUAUGUGGUACACCAACCCAAUAGAAGAUGGACUCGUGGGACAGUAUUUAUUGUUGUGAUUUAUUCCCGCUCCCCUACAAGUCUGUCCCUGUUUUCAAUAUUCAUGUUUCCUUCUUUGAGUUCAUCUCGAAUACAGAGAAAAAAUAAAUCUGUCUUUUUUUUUAUAGAAUCUAAAAGGUUCCUCCAUUAGAGAAUUUACAUCAAUUUAAUUGUUUUUACAAAUGCAUUUAUACGGUUUAUUUCUAUGUCCAAAAUACAACUGAAUUCACUUUCAUUCACCUACAUCAAUGUAAUUAACUUGCAAUUGUGUAUAUGAGCAAAAAUUUUUCUUUUAAUAAAAUAAAAACGAUAUGUGUUUAUUAUUUUAUUCAUAAAAAAAAUAAAAAAAAUUCAUGGAUAUCAGAGUAAAAUUGCAAAUGGAAUUGCAAGAAAUGAUAGCUUGCAUAUUCCAAUCGAACUUCCAUCAAUGCAAAUAAGAUUGCAAUUGCAUU